AUGCGUUGUCAUAAUUGUGGAUCGAGUAAUACAGAAACAGACACUUCAGCCGGAACGUGCUAUUGUGUUGACUGCGGUACAGUUCUUGAAGAGAACACAAUUGUAUCAGAGGUCACCUUUGGUGAGACUUCAAGUGGUAAAGCCAUUUUACAAGGUUCUUAUGCUGGUGAAUCAGGCCGUAUCGCUGGCGGUGGCCUUUAUGGCAGAAGAGGAGGUCGGGAAGGGCAAGAACAAGCGAUUGAAAACGGUCGUUUGAAGAUAGCCAAUUUAGCACAUGCUUUAAGGUUGCCAGAAAGAUACAGAGAUUCUGCGCAACGAUACUACAAUUUAGCGGUUGUAAACCGUUUCACUCGUGGUCGUAAGAGUGAUCAUGUCGCAGCUGUUUGUCUGUAUGCAGUUUGUCGAACAGAAAAAAGUGCACAAAUGUUGAUCGAUUUUUCAGAUUUAUUGCAAGUGAAUGUAUUUACAUUGGGUGCAACUUUUCUGAAACUGUGCAGAGUACUCAAUUUGCAUUUACCUCAUGUGGAUCCAUCACUAUAUAUAUCUCGAUUUGCAGUAGCCUUGGAUUUCGGCGAUUAUACACAACGAGUAGCGCAGGACGCUGUACGUAUUGCACAACGUAUGGAUCGUGAUUGGAUUACGAGUGGUAGACGACCUGCUGGUAUUUGUGGUGCUUGUCUUUUGAUCGCAGCACGUAUGAACGGGUUUCGUAGAACUGUAAGAGAAAUGAUAUACAUUGUUAAAGUUGCAGAAAUUACAAUUCAGAAAAGAUUACAAGAAUUCGGUGAAACAGACUCGGCUAACCUCAAAGUGCAUGAAUUCAGAACUAUCUGGUUAGAAAAACGAGCAGAUCCUCCUUCAUUUAAAAGAAAUCGACUUAUUACUGAAGAUGCAGAAACAGAAGGUGCGUCGAUAAAAAGUGAGGUAGACGAACUCGAUGAUCAAUAUAGAAUAGAGAAUAAUACGGCGACAGAACAAGAUCUAUCAAGUGUUGUGGAUGAAUUAAAUAAAGGCAAAGGCAAAACCACGGAGGAUGAAGCACAAAGCCUUCUGCUCAACCCUGAAUUAGAAUUGGAUGCAGAAGAAAUUGCAGAAGAAAUGGAAACAUGGCUUGAGGAUAAAUCUAUGAAAAAAGCAGCCACAGAAAUAGAAAACGAAGCUUUUAAUGAUAGCAAAGCCAAAGAUAAAACUUUAGACAAUAAAACUCAAGAAGGAAGUGAGAAAGAGACAGAGAAAGAGGAAGAGGGAAGUGCAGAUGAGGAAAAAGAAGUGGAAUCGAAAGAGGAGGAAGAUAUCAGUUUAUCAGAUGUGGACGAUGAAGAAAUUGAAGCUAUGAUCUUAGACCCUGAAGAAGUUACACUCAAAACUCAAAUUUGGUACAAUGAAAAUAAAGACUAUUUGGAAGAGAUGGCUAUUCGUCGCAGUAUGCAGAAGGAAAAAGGAGUUGACCACCGAAAAGGAAGAAGUAAAGUCAAGAAGAAAUUACCUCCGGCAGCAACGCCUGCUGAAGCAGCAAAGCAACUUAUGGGCCAAAAGAAGAUAUCAAAAAAAAUCAACCAAGCCAUUUUCGAUGAUAUGUUCGAAUCACCAGAGGCCAUUGAAAAGAUUAAAGCAAGGGAUGCUCUUAGUCGAAUGACAGGCUCAUCAAUGAUACCCAAUAAUGGUCCGUAUGAAGUAGUUGAAGAGUCCGGAGAUAUAUCGGCAAUAACAAGUAAGAAGAAAAGCAGCGACGACACAGAUACAAAAGAUACCACACUCUUGGAUGAUGAUGAAGACGAGGAUGAUGAAGACAUGGAUCCCGACGAUAUGGCUGAAGAUGAAGUUUUGAUGCGUAAACAACGUGAUCUGUUGUACGGCAUGGAGGAAGAUUAUGGUGAAGAGUAUGGUUCAGACUAA